AUGUUUUCACAGGAAAGUCAAGAUUUGUUCGGGAGCCAAGAAGAACAAGUGAACCCAAGUGGAGGGGGUAGCGGUGAACAACCACCACCUGAAGUGAGCCAUGAAGAAAAAAAAGAAACAAAGAAGACGGAACUCAGUGGCAGGAAAGAGGAGAUGGACCGGAUCACCAACAUGAUAGCGAUGCUGAUCCAAGUACAGGAAGAGGGCCAGAAGAAAAUGCAAGAAGGCCAGAAGAAAGUGGAAGGCGCGUUGCAAGAGGGCCAGAAGAAAAUGCAAGAGGACCAGAAAAAGAUGGAAGCGGGACAACACAGCAUGGAAAGGAAACUGGAAGAAACCCAGAGAGAGACCCACAGUUUAAUUGGAGGGUUAGAACAGCGAAUGGAAAGAAACAGGCAGGAGCUCCAAUACCAAACAAAAAUGAUGGUGGAAGAAUUGAAGUAUGAAGUCAAAGAAGAGGAAAAGAAGUUAGAAGAACGAGUCCAAAGCGAUAUCAAGAGAAGCAUACAAGAAACCAAUGGCAAGUUAAAGGCAGUAGAAACGGAAUUUGGUCGUCAACAGCAAGAAAUACAAAUCGUCCUUGAAGAAAAACUGGUCAGAAACCACGCAGAGGUAGAAGAGUUGCUGGAGACACAACAAGAAAAAAUACGCGAGUGUGAAACCGGAGUUGGGGAGCUGAAGACCCAGUGGGAAGAAAAUCAAAAGAAACCUCGCCCCAUCAACCCCACAUCUAUAAUUUAUAAAGCGGAUCACCUGCUUCACCAGAAACCGAAAAAAUUCGACGGGAAUAUUCAAACCGUACACCCGAUAAGUUUCGUAGAGAGCUUGGAGAACUACCUCCGUAAUUUCGAGCCCAAUGAAGAUAACAAGCUGGCUUAUGCCAAAGGAAUGGUGGAAGGCAACGCCAAGGCAUGGGCCGACUUAAACCGAAACAAAUGGAAAUCGUGGGAGGAUUUCAAAGAGGAUUUCAUCAAACAAUAUUGGUCAGAAGAGGUGCAAGGGAAGAUUAGACUACGACUUGCCACACCCCGGCUAUAUCAAGCUAAGUUCGGGCGUUAUAGCGACCAUGUUUGGUAUUGGGUCAAUAAAACCAACCAUCUACAGCCAGUGAUGAAAGAAUCUCAGUUGGUGAAUGCCAUAUCCCGGCAUUUUCCCAGAGAUAUUGAAGACGUGCUGAUAGGAUCCGCUGUAAGAACGAUCGGCGAAUUAGUGGAGACGUUAGAGAGACUUCAAAUUUCCCGCCAAGAUGAUAGGCCCAGGCCGAACUAUAAUGCAAGUAGAAAUCAGGAGCCGAGGCAAGAUAAUAAUGAAAGGCAAGAGACCCGGAGGCAGGUCAACUAUGUCAGGGGAGGAUAUAACAGCUACAACAAUUAUAGAAGAGGAAGGGGGACAUUUGGCCCGAAUAGAAACUAUGAAGAGCAAAGAAGACCAGAAUCAUCACAGCCGGAAAACUACCGUGCCAGGGACCAGGAGCUCCACUAG